AUGGCGCAAUUCGGUACUUCGGUACCUGAUGGUACUUCCCAGCCGUGUAAAGUUGUCCUGGGUGGCCAAAGAGGAACGCAGUAUUCGGUGGACGAAAAGUUGGAAAUCAUCGAGUUCGCCAAAGGCAAUGGAAAUCGCGCUGCUGGUCGGGAGUAUAAUGUGGCAGAAAGUUCAAUCCGAGAAUGGCGAAAGAACGAGGAAAAGCUCAGGGCAGUCAGCAGUGUCGAAUCGGAAAGGCAAGAGCUGACAGAGACUAUAUCGAGAAAACAGUCGGGCGGACAGAUUGAGAACUACAAAGAAAACAAGGAUCUCGAAAUUGUGCAAGUGUCGUUAAGCACAUCCCUACAGAGUGCUGCUGAAGCCGGUCCUACAAAAGUCAGUAGACCGACGGUGUCUGCUGUAAAUUCUGUGGACAACUGCACAACUGAUCACUCGGUAUCAUCGUCAUCAAGUUCACAUUCAAACUCUCCAUCGCUUACUGCAGGCUCUUUAUCGUCAUCGUCUUCACGCAGGAAAGCGAAAGUACCUCGGAAAAUGAUUAUUGAGGCUUGA